UUUUCUCUACUUUCUAAAUAACACAAAUCAACUAAGCAAAUCCAUCAAAUCAAAUAAUAUAGCCAAAUACAAUAUAGCGUUAACAAACAUUAAAAUGGGUAUGUGCAAUUCAUGCGAAUCUACAUCUGUUGCAACAGCGAAAUUAAUACUCCAAGACGGAAGAUUACAAGAGUUCACUUAUCCGAUAAAAGCUUCAUAUCUUUUACAAAAAGAUCCUACUAUUUUCAUCUGUAACUCCGAUGAAAUGGAAUUCGGAGAUACGGUUUCCGCCCUAAAUGCCGAUGAAGAGCUCCAAUUGGGUCAAUUAUAUUUUGCUUUGCCUUUGAAACGGCUAAGAAAUAUACUUCGAGCUGACGAAAUGGCAGCAUUAGCGGUUAAGGCGAGUUCUGCAUUGAAGAGAACUAGUAGUAAUAAAGUGUUUGUAUCUUCCGAAGAGAAGAGUUGUGGUAGAAUAGUCAGGAAAGUGGUGGAUGGUGGCGGGAGUGGGAGGAGAGGGAAGAAGACUGUGAGGUUGAGUGUCAUACCAGAAUAGAGUGAAAAAAAAAAUCAUGUUUGAAUAACUUUCUGUUAUUCUAGGUAAAAUGCUACCACGGUUACAAAGGAUGAAAUUGUUGGGUGCGCAGAAUAGGUAUUGUGGACUUGGAUCAUUAAUCAUUCAGUUAUUGAUCCAAGUCGGUUAAAAAAGACAUGUUUUGAAACGAUGAAAAUUGACUCUAUUGAUCGAUUUCGAAAAACGUUGUCAAGACUGUCCUCUACUGACCCAUUCCGGCCCAAUCAUUGCUAUUGAAGUGAAGUCCUAAGAUUAAUCCGAUUCAUGCCAUUGGGAAUCAUAGAAACCAGA